UCGAUGUUUCCUGUGUCAGUACAUAGGUCAAUGUAAACCUUUUAGUCUCUAGGACCAAUAAAAUAAAAAAGGUUCAUUUAAAACAUGUCAUAAUUCAUCAGUAUAAAUAAAUCUGAAUAAAUAUAUUUUUACCUGUUGCCACUACAAAUUUUUUUUUCAGGUGUGUAGGAAAUUGGAAAAGGAAAAGGAAUAAUCUAACAAAAAAUUGUGUGAAAUGAGUGCAUGAGAGGAAUGUAAUGUCCAUGUUUAAUGCUGAAAGAGGAUGUGCUGGUCUGACCCCCCUCCUCCUUUCAGAGUGGAGCCUGCUGGAGUCCAAUGGUUGAGACCAGGUCUGAUUAAGUAUUCCUGUGAACUCACUAUUGACACAAACACAGUAAAUGGAAACCUCAAACUCUCUGACAACAACAGGAAGGCGACACGCGUGAAGGAGGAUCAGUCAUAUCCUGAUCAUCCAGACAGGUUUGACUACUGGCCUCAGCUGCUGUGUAGAGAUGGUCUGACUGCUCGCUGUUACUGGGAGCUCGAGUGGAGAGGAAGUGUUUAUGUAUCAGUGAGUUACAGAGGAAUCAGAAGGAAAGGAGGCAGUGAAGACUGUGUCUUUGGGGAGAAUGAUCAGUCCUGGAGACUGAACUGCUCUGAUGAUGGUGGUUACUCUGUCUUUCAUAAUAACACAAGAACAUUCAUCUCCUCCUUCUCCUCCUCCUACUCCUCCACAUCUUCCUCCUCUGGCUCUGACAGAGUAGGAGUGUAUGUGGACUGUCCUGCUGGCACUAUGUCCUUCUACAGAGUCUCCUCUGACACACUGAUACACCUACAUACCUUCAACACCACAUUCACUGAACCCCUUUAUCCUGGCUUUGGGUUCAGGUUCUGGUUCAGGUCUGGUUCCUCGGUGUCUCUGUGUUCUCUGUUGGAGGGAGAGUCUCCUCCUGUUAGAAAAAAGAUCAGUUGAGUCUGUACAGGAUUACAGUUCCAGAAAUCUUUCAGCUUCUUGUAAUAAAUUCAUCAAUGAACUUUUUACAAAGCGAUUCAAAGUGAUUGAACAGAUUCCUCAUUUCUAUUGUAAACUUCUUCCACUUCCCGUCCUUUAAAGAUAGAAGCUCUGAUCAUUAAAUGGUGGAAAUGCCGUUGACUUGUACCUUCUGUCAUGUGUUG